AUCACUUCCGGUCGUGCCCCCAGAACGCCUGUGAUGACCUCACAUAAAUGGCGGACCGCUUUUGAAUUCUGCAGGAAAAUUACAUAUUAGCUAAGAAGACAGGAUAUGGCAGAGAGGAUGGCAGACAUGGAGGAAGACAUGGAAGAGCAGCCAGCUGAAGAGGAUGACAACGACUCUGAGAGAGAUGAAAACGACAGGGUGUUUGCUUGGAUGGUAAAUGACGGUAUGGAUGAAGAUGAGGAGGAGGAAGAGGAGGAGGAGGAAGAAGAGGUGGAGGACGAACAGCUGUUGGAAACUGAAGCAUCAGAAUCGUUUGAGUUGGACACACCGGCUGAGCGCAGUGGUCACAUAGCAGUAGUGGACAGAAACAUCAUGUACGUGUGGGGUGGAUACAAGAAUGCUCAAAACCACGGCUUCUUUGACUUGUAUCUGCCAAGAAAUGAGAUCUGGACGUACAACUUGGAGUCAGGAGUGUGGAACAAGCAUGUAGCUGGGGGUAACCUGCAAACGUCGAUGUCAGGAAGCUGCGGGGUCUGUGUCGAUGGAGUACUGUACCUUUUCGGAGGUCAUCACGCCAGAGGAAACACAAACAUUAUCUACCGCCUGCCCCUGAGAGCUCCAAGCCUCGUGUGGGAGGAAAUGAGAGACCUCAAAGGACUUCCUCCAUCGUCCAAGGACAAGCUGGGGUGCUGGGUCCAGAAGAACAGACUUAUAUUUUUUGGAGGCUACGGAUAUGCAGCACAGGGCUCUCAUCGAGGGACUUUUGAAUACGACGAAUCGUCUUCUCUCGUGUGGGACAGCCCUGGUAGAGGCUGGAACAACCACAUCCAUAUUCUGGACCUGGAGACAUCCACAUGGAGCCAGCCCAUCACCACGGGAAACACCCCAUCACCAAGAGCAGCUCAUGCCUGUGCCACAGUUGGCAACCGAGGAUAUGUGUUUGGGGGACGGUACAAAAACUACCGACUAAAUGACCUUUACUACAUUGACCUGGACACAUGGGAGUGGCAUGAAAUGAGCGUUCCCCAGCAAGGUCCCGUGGGCCGGUCUUGGCACUCCUUCACGCCCGUAUCACCAGACCACAUCUUCUUAUUUGGAGGUUUCACCACCGACAGAGAGACGCUCAGUGACGCUUGGCUGUACUGUGUGAGCAAAAACGAAUGGAAGCCUUUCAAACACAGUCAUGCAGAGAGCCCCAGGCUGUGGCACACUGCGUGCUCUGGUCCAGAUGGAGAGGUGUUUGUGUUUGGAGGGUGUGCCAACAACCUACUGUCCCAUCAAAGAGCUGCUCACAGCAACGAGUUGUUGGUUUUCAACGUUCAGCCUAAAUCAUUAGUCCGGUUCUGCAUGGAGGCCAUUCUGCAGAACAGGGAGCGUUUGUCGAACUACUGGGACUGUUUGCCUAAACACCUCCUGCACAGCCUCAAGCAGAGAAUGACACGCGUCAACACACUGGGCUCCUAAGAUUGAUAGGACGCCAAUAAUCAUGUUUUGUAGGAUUACAGGACAACGUGUAUGUAUGUAUGUAUGUAUGGAAGAGAUGAGUGUUUCUAUCAAAGCAGGUAGUCCCCUUUGAGCAUUAGUUUAAUGUGUGUGGACACUUGCGUAAAAAGAAGAAGCAAUAGUGAACAGUUGUGGAUUUGUUGGAAGCGUUUUUUUGAUUGACAGACUAACAUUUCCAGGCUGUUCAAAGCUCACCAGUUAUUAUCUCAAUUGUUGCAAGGCCAGUAGAAGCAUUAGUGGUGAGGGGUCAGCCUAUUGCUAUGACAAAAUAUACAAGAGAUCAGAAGCCCCAUGCGACCAUCGGAUUAGUUCUGCGUCUUCUUCUCCAAGCAGGAAGAGCAACGUAAAACCUAUAGAUAGUGGAAAGGCAGCAGGACUGAACAGGUGUUAAAACAGCAACUUUUCAGUGGUGUUAUUCCAAGAACCAUCUAAAAAUGCCAUUGUCUUAACACAAAUCAAAACGUUUGUUUGCUUUAGCUGCAAAGUUAUUUCGCAAUCUGUUCGCUUUAUUGAUUACUCUAAAAUGUUGGGUUAUCUGGGACGGGUGAUUUGCUUAAGUUCUCACAGACCUGAAACUAGUGCUUUACGUUAUAAAAGACUCAACUCUGGAGCCACGGAAAUAUUACCUUUUAGUUUUUAUUUGUACAUAUUUAUAUAUAUAGUUAUUUAUAUAUUUGUGAGGAAAUGCGUGGGUUGUCUUCUCAAAGAGGCUUUCAACAUCUUCACAGUGCUACAGGCGUCUCCUGUAGCACUUGGAUUUUAUUUAAUCGAUUACUUUAAAUACUGCGAACAUAUUCGAUGUUGAGCCACAUUGCACUGAAAUGCCUCAUGUCUGUAGGGCUUUGUUUGUACUUGCCUGGUUUGCACAAAGUUCUCUUGGUGUUUUUUAUUGUAGGAUACAAUGCAUACUGUCGAUGCAACGUUCACUUUGUACUCGAAGAAUAAACACGGACAAUAAGUGGUGUUCUCUUUGUUAA